AUGAUUCAAACUCAUGUAGAUCGUAUGGCUUCAAAAGAAGAAAACAAUUUCUCUUCUCUUGCAUUCGAACCACAAUCAUUUAAACGAAUUCAUACAAUUAAUAAAUCAAAUACUAUUCAUAAUUUAACAUUGGAUUCCAAUACUCAUAGUCAAUCAUCAUCAUAUAAUAGUAAUAAUGACACAGAAGAUGACAAUAUCGAUUGGGAACUUGUUACGAAACAGCUUGAAAUUAAAUUACAAACUUCAACAGAUAUUAUUCAAUUAUCAUCGGAUGAAAAUUAUCAUACAAAUUCAGCAUCGAUAAAAUCAAAGAAAUAUACAUCUCAUCCAACAACUAACUAUGAAUGUGCAGUCAUUCAACAAUCAUCAAUAACAUCAAAAAAUGAUGACGAUAUGACUCUUCAUUCAGAAGCAUCUAUGAAUAAACAAAGCUUGAAAACAAAUGAAGAAAAUAUUCUAAUAGAUGAAAUCGCAACAAAUCGAUCAACAUUGUCAAAGAGUAGUAGUGACCAAUCAAUUGUAUUAAAUGAAUUAUUUAAUGAAUUAAUUGCUUGUCAACAAAAACAAACAUUUCUACUGAAACAAAUUCAACAAAUAAUGAAACAAUCAAAACAAAUAUCUUCAUCAUCAUUAACAUUUUUUUUACCUUUAAAAUCAUUAAAUAAUACUAAUAAUAGUACAGAUAUUCCAUCAUUACAAGAUGCAUUUCAACAACGAAAAUCUUCAUUUAUUCAACAAUCAAAAGAACGUGUUAAUCAAAUUUAUCGUCAUAAUAAUAAGUAUCAUCAUCGUAUUAUACCAAAUAUAAAAACAACAAAUAAUACAUAUUUAAAACAAAAACGACAGUAUGAAAAUGAUCGUCUAUGUGCAAUGAUAAUAAAACAUCAAAAUCGACAAAAUGCAAAAAUUUAUGGAAAUUUAAUUAAGAAUUCAGUUGUAUCAUAA